GGGACGAGGCUGGAGGGAGUGCGCUGUGGCUUUGCCUAACCGGAUAACCAGAUAACAGCUAUCUUCCGUACUCUUCGUUUUACUGAAAAGUAAUCCGAUUUCUACAUUUCUGAAGGUGGAUCAAAAAGCCCGACCUUGUGUGUAUUUGUGCUUUUCUGUUCGCGAAAUCUAACAUUCGUUUUCCGUUAUAGAAAGCCAAUGCGCCCACCCAUGCAAUGACAUUUGCUGGAGAGAGAGGAUAAACUAUAGAGGCUUCAUGCAGAACCUCUGGUUUCGAGUAGAGGGUAAUUUACGAGUCUUGUGUUGCGUUUCAAGAGAAAGUAAUAGGUUUGAAGGAGGAUGCAGCAACCACAUUUUUAACCAUGCAUAACCGGGCCGUUUCCGGUUCUUAGGCUGGUGUGUCCCCAUCUGAAACCGUAUGGGGAAAGCGGCAGACACAGAUGGCAUGGACACUUAUACAAGGUCUGCCGCUCUGCCCUGCUAUCGGAGCCUAUUCGCAGUCUCCCACUUCAACCCCGCUCCGUCAUCCGCGCCCCUCAGCCGCCCCAGCACUGCAGCAACGGAGCCACGGCCGACGGCAUGAGGCUUGAUCCGGUCCAUUUCUCCAUGCUGGUCAUCGGGGUCUCUUUCGCCUGUUACGCCCCGAGUCUCAAUUCCCUCCAGGACCAGGCAUACCGAUCCGCCGUGGUCAUCGAGGGCGAGGUGCGCUCCUCACCGGAAAACGUCUCUCGGGACCCGUACAGUGUGAAUGUCAAAGUGCUAGACGUAUGGCCCGUGAACAGCGGCGGACUCGAGCGGGAGCAGCUCGUGACCGUCGGGGACUUCGGUUCCGAGGCCUCGUGCACUAUUGUAGAGGAGAACCACAGAUAUAUAUUUUUCAUGGACCCAACAGGCGAGCCUUUAGUAUUCAAGGCAUCGUUUGCUCCGCUGGACGCCAGCGGAACGGACCUGAAGAAGGAUGUGGAGAGCGUGUUGUGUGAGGACUGCGCUGCGGCCCCUAAGUUGCGGCCGAUGCGGGGCCAGUCUCUAAUGGAGGGGGAGAGACUGUAUCUCAAGUGUGAGGCGUCAGGGAACCCCAGCCCCUCCUUCCAGUGGUACAAAGAUGGCCGAGAGCUCCAGAGGGGAAAAGACGUCAAAAUCAAGACCAAUAAAAAAAAUUCCAAGGUCCAGAUCAACCGAGCGAGGCUGGAAGAUUCUGGGAACUACACGUGUGUGGUUGAGAACACGCUGGGCCAAGAAAACAGUACGAGCGGCAUCAGCAUCCAGAGCCUGACCACUACUCUGUCUCCGGGCUCGAGUCACGCCCGGCGCUGUAACGACACAGAGAAGUCGUACUGUGUCAACGGUGGAGACUGUUAUUUCAUACACGGUAUAAACCAACUGUCAUGCAAGUAA